CCAUCAUCGGCUCCUUGGUAGAGUUUAGACAGACAUGGAGGUGGCGGAAGAAUGGCCGGAACCAAUCGUCCGGGUUCAAACCUUAGCUGAUGCCGAAGCCGUCCCUGAGAGGUACAUCAAGCCACCGUCCGAGCGACCCAACCUGAAUCCCGGAACGGCGUUGGCGCCGAGUGAGACGGGAAGCCUUCCUGUCAUCGACCUCGCCGGCCUGAGUGGUGGCGCCGCGGAGAGGCGGGCGACGAUGCUGGCCGUCUCGGAUGCUUGCCGAGACUGGGGUUUCUUCCAGGUGGUGAACCACGGGGUGAGCCCGGAGCUGAUGGAGGGGAUGAGGGAAGUGUGGACGGCGUUCUUCCGGCUACCCAUGGCGGAGAAGCAAGCUUACGCCAACUCCCCCAAGACAUUCGAGGGGUACGGCAGCCGCCUCGGCGUCAAGAAGGGCGCCAUUCUUGACUGGGGCGACUACUUCUUCCUCCAGCUUUCACCUCACUCGAUCAGGAACUACGACAAGUGGCCUGUUCUUCCUGCAUCCCUGAGGGCGAUGACGGAGUCCUACGGCGAGGAACUGGAGAAGCUGUGUGGGGUGAUAAAGAAGGUGUUGUCUGCAACCCUAGGACUGGACGAAGAGUUCCUCCACAGAGCCUUUGGAGAGGCUGGCGCUUGCCUGAGGGUCAACUACUACCCCAAAUGCCCGCAGCCUGAUCUCACCCUCGGCCUCUCUCCCCACUCCGACCCCGGAGGGAUGACGGUCCUGCUCACCGACCACCACGUCAAAGGCCUUCAGGUGCGCAAGGGUGACGACUGGAUCACGGUGGAGCCGGUCCCCGGUGCUCUCAUCGUCAACAUCGGCGACCAAAUCCAGGUGUUGACCAAUGCGACAUAUAAGAGCGUAGAGCACCGGGUGGUGGUCAACGCGGCGACGGAGCGGCUGUCGAUGGCCUUCUUCUUCAACCCCAACGACGACCUGCCGAUCCAACCCGCCGCCGAGCUGGUGACGCCCGAGGCGCCGCCCCUGUACAAGCGGCUGACCUUCAAGGAGUACAAGCUGUUCAUGAGGAUGUUGGGCCCCCGUGGCAAGUCCCACGUUGACUUCGUCAAGCCCACCUGAUCCGAUCCGAUCCAUCCUUGCCGUGUCUCGUUGCCACCAAUAAAUUCACAUCUCGAUUCGGAAUGCAAUACACACCAUUUGAAGGAUUUGAUUGU